UCCCGGAAACCGGACCUCGCCCUCGCCAUUGCCACACCACAUAUUUCCUCCACCUUCGUCGUGAGACAGUUAUUGUAGCCGCCGUAUAGACGAAAGGCUGUGCCCCGAUCAACCCAGCAGUACAGCAGCUUUUCUGUAAUUUUUGAGCACCGAAGUGAGGCUGGCUAACAUGGCCAGGUGGAACGUGGGAGUAUGCAUAACACUAGCUGUUCUUGUCCCUGUCAAUAUGGCUGGUGUCCAUCAUGAGCCAAUGGAUGCAUUUAGGGCAAUGGGAAACUUUGAAGCCGGCGUCAGCAUCUACACAUCCACCAAUGACCCAGCAUUUAAAUGCCUCACCGCCACUCAAACAGCAUUUGAUCUCGAGGCGAGGACAACCACAUACGUGUGGCAUUUCAAAGGCCAUGACGGCGCAGUCAAGAAGAACGUUACUUUUUAUGUACGCGAGGGACGUGCUCCCCAGGAGGUCACCUAUUUCCUUGACAACGACACAACACUGAUAUAUACUGCAUCCUGCCUGUACACGGACUACUCGAGCUUGCGCUGUCAACAGAGUUCCCUUCUAUGGGCAUGACCAUUGUAUGCUCUGGGUGAAACCUGACGUCGUUCAAGCAAUCCCCCGUCACUGCGUGGACAACUACAAGGUCAACUGUCCGACCAGGUUCCCGACGUAUGACCAGGAGCGCUGUAAUGGGGACGAAUAAAAGCAAACGCAGCGAUGCACUUGCCUUUGCGCUCG